AAUUACGACAAACUGCUACUGAUACAUUCUCAACCACUCAUGCUCUCCCCUAAUUCUAAUCUCAAACUGCAACCAAAUAAAGACUCUUUUUCACAAUUCUAUCGCAGCCCCCUUUUACAUAUAUGGAAAAGCCAAAGCUCUGUCUGGGCCUAAACCAUGGAUGACAGCAAGCUUCCCAAUGUAAAAGUGCUGUAUGGCACAAUAGCCAAAGAUUACGCACAGUUCAGACCCCGCUAUCCCCCUCACCUUUUCUCCUUCCUUUCUUCCCUCACUCCACAACAUCAUCUUGCCUGGGAUGUGGGCACAGGCACUGGCCAAGCCGCCAUUGAGUUAUCAAAGUACUAUGCGAGAGUGGUGGGCACAGACACGAGUGAGGGGCAGAUUCAACACGCAGAGCGCCGCCACAACAUAAGCUACGCCGUCACGCCGUCAUCAAUGACCGACCAACAACUCCACUCCAUUGUCGGCCCCGAAUCUUCCGUGGAUCUCGUCACCGCCGCCACAGCCGUCCACUGGUUCGAUUUGGAUAAAUUUUACGGGCAGGUGAAGCGGGUGUUGAAGAAGCCCGGCGGCGUGAUUGCCGUGUGGGCGUAUUGGAAGCCCCGAGUGGAUCCAGCAGUAGACGCCGUUUAUGAGCGGUUUUUUAGCAGAACUUAUCCGUUUUCCCAUCCGGCUGCGAAAGUGGUGUUGGAGGAGUACGAGACUUUGCAGUUUCCGUUCGCACAAGUGGAGGGAAUAAAAAUGGAGAUUGAAGAGCAGAGGACUUUUGAGGAGUAUGUGGGAUAUUUCAGAACGGGGCAGGCUUUGGUGGGCAGGGAAGAAAUAUUGGAGGAGUUUAUAGCAGAAUUUGAGGCGGCUUGGGGAGCUCCGCUCCAUGUGACCAAGACUGUAAAGUUCCCGCUGUGCUUUAAGAUUGGUAAGGUUUGAAACAGAGGGAAGAUUCUGUUAGUAGACGGUGGAUGAUUCAAAUAAACUGUGAGCUUUAUUUACUUGUACUGUUAAUUAUAAUAUGUUGUUAAGUGUCUUUAAAUGUGAAAGCGACUGUCACAUGGCGGUCUGCAAAGUUUUUUCUGAAAUCAUAAUCAACGAAAAACAUGAAUAUUUGAAAAAAAUUAAAUUAAAUUACACUUUUAAACCAUCUAAAAUUGUAAUGCAGACUGUUAAUAUUUUUUAACAAUCAUAAUAGAUGUCCUUAUGAUAUUAUAGCGUUUA